GACUCCGGCCCACAUCGGCAAGCCUGUCUGCCGCCGGGACGCACCCUGUGGACCCUGACGAACCAAAAUCCGGAGGAUCGCAACAACUGCGUGGAUGUUGUUUUCCAGAUCGACGGAACCUUGGCGAAUUCUGCUUUGAUGCACCUCCUGGUGCGCCUGCUCAACAACAAGGUUUUCCUCGAGCUCCGCACGAAGCAGCAGCUGGGUUACAUCGUGGACCUGAGCUAUGCAGAGGGCACCGGGUUUCUGCAUCUCCAGUGCAUCCUUCAGUCUGAGUUCCGGCCCUCGUACGUGCGAGGCCGUAUCGAAGAGUGCCUGAAAGACCUCUUCCGUUGGGCGCAAGAAGAGCUGACGGAGAUGGAGUUUGCGAAGGUCCGGGAAGGACUUGUCUCGAUUCUGUCGGAGGCCCCCAAGAACCUGAGCGAGGAGAACUCCAGAUACUGGACUGAAGUCAGCCGCCAACGAUACGACUUCCAGCGCCGGUCGCGUAAACGCCAAGCGGUGCAGUCGACGAGCCUCGAGGACUUCAAGCAUUUUGUGGCCCGGCUUGCCACGGCGCCACAGCUGUGCAUUGAGGUGAAGGGCGAUGCCCCGAUGGCUAAUGCUGAUGGGUCGGAGAGUCCUGGUAAGAGGUCGGCGUCCAAUGAUCCUGAUGAACAACUCGAACAGCUAUUGAGAAAACAGCGAACACAGGAGCUCGAGGCGGUUCCAGCUUGGGCGGAGACCAUUAUCUCAAUGCAGCACAAUAUGUCUCUUCAACUUAGUGAUAUGGGAAAAGGGUAUCAUGGGUUCGACGGUCGCAUUCGACAGCUUGAAGCAGAGAAUGUCGGAGAGCGAAUGAAGAACAUGGAGGGACAAGUGAAGGAGCUUGUGGAAGCAGUAAAGUCCAUGCGCAGUCAGUCAGCAUCUCAGCGAUUCGCAGAUCCUGGUGGUGAGACAUCGGGCCAACCGGGUGUGCCUAGCAGGCCUGUGCAUCCCCCGCCACUCCCUGAAUCUGAGAAUCACCAGCAUACCAGCCCGAAGUCUAGCAUGACUACUUCGUCGCCAACGGGCAGCAGUGAGACAGACUUCAAUCACAUCGUAGCAGGUGGAUGGCCAGAGGACACUAGGAGAGGAGUCAUAGACGGCGAUACCUGGCAUAUCUGCGAGCAGUUCGGUCCCAAUGUCAAGAUCAAUCGCGUGGUGGUCUACGGAUCGCGGGCUAACACCAGUCACAUUUACCUAUGCCCCCUGCCCGAGCAAGAGGCCCGGGAGAGGUUCUAUAGCUUGCAACAAGAACACAGUGGGAAGUUUCAUUCGAAUGUGGGUGGGAAGCCCAUCUGGCUCUCACCUAGCCGCACUCCGGAGCGCAGAGCUAAGAACAGAUCAACUCGCGAGACACUUAACCGUUUGCAAGCUGUCCUCCAGUCAGACAAUCCAGACGACCUUGAAGUGGAAUGGUCCAGGCAGCUCAUCUGGUACAAGGACCGGAGAAUUGCCACAGGGAAGCUUGGUGAUAUACGCAGUCACUUCUAUGUCAAUGAGGUUGGAUGUCAUAUCCCGCCCGCCAAUGCCGAUGGCAAUGUGAUCCUUCUUGACAGGCAAUCCGUUAAGUUCAUUUCCGAGUCCUGGCAUGGAAAGAGAUAUGCUGCUGUGCGCUUCACUCUGGAUAGUGGGUGUGAGGUGGUUUUCGUUAAUGUUCAUUUUCCUCAUAAAGAUCGACCUGACAGUGAAUUUGAGCUUGCAUGUGCAGAGGUAAACCAUAUUCUCACCAAGUAUUCUUCUAUUGCCGUUAUCAUUGCGGGUGACUUUAACUGUGAAUGGAGCAAUGUUCAAGAUGAUAGGGGUGCAACUCUUCAGCUAGAACUCGCAUCAUUUGGCGUGUGCUGCAAGCACCCGGAGUCCAAAACAUGGCAUGGUCGCGUCAGCUCCAGAACUUAUGACUACUUCAUCUUCAAUGACAAAAUGAAGAGUUUGCUUGUCGAUGUGGACUACGGGGAUGACACUGACGUGGUGCAGGGGUCUCGAAGCUGCGCACGCAAGUCUGGCACAGAAGACGUUGUCGGAAGUGGGUGGUUGACUCCACGAGCGGAAGCAGCUGCGAAGCAAGUCAAAGAUCAUUUUUCUGCGGUGUUUGUGCGACCUUCGGACCCCUCGGAAGAUGAGGCGAUAGAGGAUUGUCUACACAAGUUCCGUGGUUUGUGCAACCCCUCCAACUGCGUUCCGUUUACAAGUGAGGAGAUCCAGACUGCUGUUCACGCCCUUAAGUUGAACAAGACUGCAGGGCCCACUGGCAUGAGUAACGAGUUCCUCCAGUGCCUCGCCCAGUCCACCAAGGGCGUAGAUAUGUUGCAGGACUUUCUGGCAGUGCUUCUACAGAGAGGCUCUCAAGACAUCGGUGGUCAGCUUCUCGAUGCCUUGCUAGGUGUCCACGCUUUUCUGGAGCGGGAGUCUUUGCAGGGUGCGCCUUGCAUAUACAUCAGUUUGGAUAUUCGCAAGGCCUUCGACAGUGUAGGGUACAGUCAUCUACUUCGACACAUCCAAGAUGUUACCCCGGCCAGUCACGCUCCGGAAGCGCUUCGUCUUUGUGAGAUGCUGCUGCAUCCAACGUUGAACUUUGAGUUUGAGGGCCAGCAGUGGCAGCUAGAGGCCAACAUAGGAGUACAACAGGGAGGCAGUCACUCUGCCACGGUGUUUUCGCACUAUUUCGAUACAGUCAUUUCCCAUGUAUUCCAGAGUCAAACAGAGUGCAACAUGCAUGACAUCCCAGGUUGGUUAUUUGUUGAUGACUGUCUGGUUAUAUAUGGUAACUGGAGGCAAGCACACCAGGCCUUUUCGUAUUUGUGCGAUCAGUUACAAGCUGUGGGCCUUCAUCUCAACUUCGACAAGACGGUUGUAUUUUCCACUACACAAGUCCUGGCUGAGGGGGAGCGUACAGUGCCACAGAACUCUCCGCUGAGGCAGUGCAAGUGGGCCAACCAAGCCAAGUAUCUGCGCAAAACCGUUUCACACUUUGACGCCUUCAAUCCUCACGCUGAGGACCUCAAUGACGCUAUGGUGGGAUUCAGUAGACGUGCUGUUUAUCAAGGGCUCGAUUCUAUGGCUUCGAUCACCAAGAAACUCAAUUGGAAUCAGAGUGUGGCAUGUUUAAACGUCUUGUACAAGUACGUGCAUUCCAAAUGGCUGUGGAUAUCACCGCUUUUACAGCCGCUCCAGAAACACAUAGACCGUAUUCGUAAGCUACAGAAUGAUGCUGCAAUCGCAGUACUCAAGCUGUACAUUCCUGCGUGGCUUGGGCCUAGCGCUGCAAUGCCUCUUAACCUGCUUCGUCGACGCACGGCGGCUCUUCUUCACCAUCUUGAUGCCAGGGCAGGGGUGGUACAGGGCUGGAUUUUGCGCAAGUGGAACUAUGUGGGUCAUCUACUUCGAAAGAAAGAGGACACUAUGCCAUCUAUUGCCUUGAGACAUGGGGUUCCAGGUUUGUGGCAUCAAGUAAGACCAGGGCCUCGCAACAUGCUUUUUCAGUGGGUUCAUCAUGUCGUUGCUGCCACGGGUCUCUGUGUAUCUACUGGCGGUCCCAGCUGGCAUGAAUUACGUGAGUUGGCAGCUGAUCGUCAGCGUUGGGCUAGUCAUCAACAGACUGUGGCGGAUCUAUACUGCCAGACACCUCAUUAUGCCAAAGCUUCUACUGACUGGGUGAAGUGGCGACAUGCUCUUACUCAUGAGUGCCACUGGGGAUUGUGUUUGUUCGUGCAGUGGAGCCCAGAGUCUGUGACUGCCAUCUGGUUGGAUGUCACAGAAGGGUGGCAAUGCUUGUCUUUUGAGCCGGCUUCGGAUAUGUUCAAUGUUCUGGAAGUUGUGCUUUGCUAUCUGCGCUACGUAGGCCACUGGCUUUCCUUUCAAGUUCUCCUCCCGCAAGAUACCUUUGAUCUCUUUGAGCAUACUUUAUAUGAUGUCACCGUCAAGCUAUAUGCAAAAUUUCAGAAAGUUGUCUCAUACCAAGUUGUGCCUGAAGCUUGGAGCCGCGAAGUGGCCGGUCUCGCAUCUCAGUCAUGA